AUGUAUCACGUACAGGUGCCGCUGAGUCAGCAAUUCCAAGCCCAGUACCAAGCGCCGAAGCGUAAAAUUGGCAUCUACUCACCUGCUGAGCGUCGUGAGCGACUGAAGCGCUUCCAUGAGAAGCGAAAGCUUCGCGUGUACCACAAGCGCGUCAAAUACGACUGCCGCAAGCGUCUUGCCAACUCUUGCCCUCGCGUUAAAGGACGCUUCGUUAGGAAAACUGAGUUCCUUCAAGCGAAAGAGAGCAGCAGCACCUCAUCGCCAGCUACGUCUGAGUCAACGUCAAGCACUGAAGAUUGUCUGCAUUAG